GAUAGCAUCCUUCUGUUUGUUUGCAAACAUUUAAAGAACCAGUUUAAGAUGGCAUCGACGGCCUUGCGAAGGUUGAAAUGGGAAAAGUUUAGGUUUCUUAAUAAUUUAUCUAAAAGAAAGAAUAAUUGCAAUCAAAAUCAUACAAGGACAAUUUGUCAAAGAAAAACAAAUCAGUAUAUUUGUCACAGUCAGCUAGUAUGCUGUAGGACUUUUCAUUCAUCUCCAGUUUGUCAUGAAUUAGUACAGUUCAAACUUGCUGAUAUAGGAGAAGGGAUAAGGGAAGUUCAGCUGAAAGAAUGGUUUGUAAAAGUUGGCGACCAUGUGAGUCAGUUUGACAGUAUCUGUGAAGUACAAAGUGAUAAAGCUACAGUGACAAUCACCAGUCGAUAUAAAGGAAUAAUCUCUAAACUCUACUACGAUGUAGAUGAUAUAGCCUUAGUUAGUAAACCAUUGGUAGAUAUAGAAACAGAUGCUGAUUCACCAGGAACAACACAGAGUAGUUCAUCAUCAUCAGAAGUAUCAAGCUCUUCAUCAGAUGAUGAACAUUCUAUGCAGAGGAUACGUGGACAGAAGGUUUUGGCAACACCUGCUGUCCGCAGACUUGCCAUGGAGAAUAAGAUCAAGUUAAGUGAUGUAGAAGCAACAGGAAAAGAUGGUAGAAUAUUGAAAGAUGAUAUCCUAAAAUACAUGGAGGACCCUUCUGUUGGAAAACAAGCCAAAUCCCGAGCUCCAUUAGCUACACCCCCAGCAGUUACAGUUGAACCCUCCAAACCUGCUCAAGUUGUAUCCACCACCCCUAUACAACCACGAAUCACUUUACCUGUGGGUAAGGAUCACACAGAAAAGAUCAAAGGAAUGAGGAAAGCAAUGGUGAAAACCAUGACGGAGGCUAAUAACAUUCCAACAUUUGGAUACGAUGAUGAAUUUGAUAUGAGUGCACUUGUUGAAUUGAGGUCAAAAGUCAAAGCUAUAACUGAUGAAAAAGGUGUCAAGUUUUCUUACAUGCCUAUUAUAAUGAAGGCUGUCUCAAUGGCUUUAACAGAAUUCCCAAUGUUGAAUGCUAGUGUAGAUAAAACAUGUGAGAACAUAACAUACAAGGCAGUGCAUAAUAUAGGAAUUGCCAUGGAUACACAAGAUGGACUAAUAGUGCCAAAUGUUAAAAAUGUCCAAUCAUUAAGUAUAUUUGAACUUGCUGCAGAACUGAACAGGCUUCAGUCUUUAGGAUUAGCUGGAAAAUUAGGAACCUCAGAUUUAAGUGGUGGAACCUUCUCCUUGUCAAAUAUUGGAGCGAUUGGAGGAACAUACGCUAGACCAGUUAUUCUACCUCCAGAAGUAUCUAUUGGAGCUUUAGGAAAAAUACAGGCAUUGCCAAGAUACGAUAAUCAAGGAAAUAUAGUGAAGAAAAAUAUAAUGUGUGUAAGCUGGUCAGCUGAUCAUCGAGUCAUCGAAGGUGCCUACAUGGCACGAUUCUCUAACUUACUCAAAUCAUUCUUAGAAAAUCCAGGACUGAUUAUGUUAUAUCUAAGAUGAGCAUUAUGUGAUACAUACAUUUACUUGUAUAUUUACUGUGAACAAUAUCAUAACAGGUAAGGCCAGAUUGAAAUGGUCUAGCCUACUGUAAUAAUGGUUCAAAUUUAUAAAGGUGUGGUCUUUCAGUGAUUGACAGGAGCAUGCUUGAUUGUGUUUUUUAAUCAUUGAUUACAUUAUUUGAUUCCAAAACGCAGGAUUCUGUCUUUAGGAAGUGCAGAUGUUCUGGAGUUAAGUUUCAGCUUCUUAUUUCUAUGUUAAAAAAUUUGAACCUGAAGUUAAAGUUUUCUGUUAGGUAAUCAAAUCAUGUUGAAGACUGGAAUUAAUAUAUACAGGGGAUAUAUCUAUGGACUCUGGAGUAUGCUUAUGCAUUGCAGAGAAUAACAGAUCCUAGUCAUAUUUGUAUGAUAUUGUGAAAUAUUCUGUAUAAAUUAUAAAAUAUGUUAAUAUAAUGCAACCUAAUUUUUGAAAUCAAUUUACAGCUAGAUUUAUUCUUGAAUAGACUUUCAAUUUUAUUAUAUGUUUUUUUAUGUUACAUUAUGAGAUGAGUAGUAAGUCUUCAUCAUAGAAGAAUCAAUUAAGUUGACUGAAGAUGAAUAUCUUAAUUAUGAUAUAAUUGAAUAUUUUUAAACUUAUUCAACUCUGACAGUAUUUUAUAUUUAAAAAAAGAAAAUAGCUGUUAAUAUUAUUGAGUAAUAGACCACUUUCGAGUUCAUCCGUCACCGGCAAAAACUCGUCAAUUAUACACGCCUUUAUGACGUCAUUUACCAGAUAGAGGGGCUCGCCUGUAUCCCUGCACUAUUUACGUUCUUCAAGCGUCUUAGUGAUCGUCUUUGUGCAGGAUAAACUAGAAAUAAUGGUUGCUCUGUAGGUACUUACUGACAUUUCCCUAAUGACAGCAGUGUUGAUUGUCAAUUUUGAGAAUUCAAUUUGCCGAAUAAUUCGUACAAUAUAGAAUUUCAGUUUUCCAACCACUCGCUCAACAUUGGAAGGAAGUGACGACGCCCCUAAACGCACAAAUGACGAUGAUAAAGGUGCGUAUAAUUGACGAGUUUUUUCUGGUGACGGAUGAACUCGAAAGUGGUCUAUUUGUUUAUGUGACUUGUUAUAUCCUAUUACAUCCAGGAACAGGAUAUUGAAAAGUGUGCUAAUUAAACCAGUAGUUGCAUUCAAAUGAACAUAAAACAUAAAAGAGGAAUAUCUUCAUCCUAAAAAUUAUAACUUUUGUCUAAAAAAAUUUUUUUAUUAAUGUUUAUAAAUAACCUGCUAAUAUUUAUGAAUAACAAUAAAUAUACAGCAUUGUUGAAUUUUAAAUCUGUAUUGACUUUGUUUUUCUUAAUUAUCAAUAUGAGUAUUUGUUAUAGAGUAAAAAUAUUUGCUUCAUGAACAUUUUUAUGUUGCAAAUUCAACACAUCUAUUUUAUUUUUAAGUUUAGCAAUGUUUUAAUUUUGAGCUUCACAGUACUCCAUAGGCAGUUAGCUUUACUACAAUCCUAGUGAUAAUGAGUUAUUCCUCUACAUUUGGUGUUCUUUGGUCAAUAUUUUGUUGUUAGCAGUUACUUGAUUGAGAAACAGAUAAUUCUAAACAGCUUAUAUCACUACAAUUAUGUCAAAGAAUAAGUUUAUGUUUUCAACAUUACAUUAUACGUUAAAGGAAUAUUGUCUUCGGAAAGAAUUUUAAUGAAUAUUCUAUAACACUGAAUGUUGUUUGGAAUAGCAUAAAAACAUGAUCAUAAAAUGCCAACCAUAACUUAUGUAUCUGAUGCUGUAAUAAUAAUAAGAUAGUAAACAUACUUUUCAAUGCUCAUGAUCUUCCUUUUGAAGUGCCAUAAAAACUCUCUAUUCUAAAAAAUAUAAACCAUGUCUAAGCCAUUAAAAAAACAAGGAAGAACAAUGAACUUAUAAUCAGUUUGACUAUAUCAUAUCAUUUUCUAUAGACUGAAACAGAAACUAUAUGAGAGGGCAUUUUGUAUUGUAGAGUUUGAGUGAUAUAUGUAUUUGAAUCUCAGAAAAUAAAAUUUAUAAAGAAAUCA